AUGGCGAGCGAGAAUCCACAGCUACAAGUGACUACUAUAGACAUGAACCCCAGGGGUGCCAACGUGACAAAAGCAAAUAUCGAGGAUGCGGGAUUAGUGAAUAGGAUUGAAGUGCUUGAGGGUGAUGGAGUCGAUGUUCUGACGCAGGUUCGUGAACAGGUUUUCGCCGGCUCGAGGCCGCUGUACGAUUUUUUUUUCAUCGAUGAUUUUAAGGGGAAUGAUUGGCGGUAUUUUCAACUUGCGCGGGAGAUUGUCAAGCCGAACUCGGUUAUAUGUGUUGAUGGUGUGGUUCAAGAUAGUCAGGUGGUAGACUUUGAUGAUUCUGACCCGUCUGUUGAGGGGAGUCGAGAGAUGAUUGAGAAGGCUGGGAAAGAGCCUGGUGUUGAUUCUGUUCUUUUGCAGACAGUCGGUGAGAAGGGCUAUGAUGGAUGGUUGUGGGCAGUUGUUAGUUGA